AUGAAGUCUCGUCCGAGCGAUACUGACCUGCCCACCUUUCUUGGGAGCAGAGAGUCUCCGUUUGUCGCGGAGCGGCCGUUACAGGAACUCGCAGCCGACAUCGAUGCCAUCUUUGGGCUUGAUCCAGACAACUUGGACGUCAUUUUACCACUGACCGCCGAAAAUACUGGUCAUGAUCUCCCCACAAUCAUGCCUGCAUCUGACAUCUUUAUGUCGCUCUUCAAUUACGAUGAUAGGGAGUUUUGGGGAGGACUCACUCCGACAACCUUGGAUUAA